AUGGCCAACGGCCUCGUGCCGGCAGCCGACUUCGAGGCCGCGAUUGCGCAUCUCGCACUGCAGUCGUCGUUCGCGCCGUCCAGCUCAUGUGCUACGCAGGCUUCACGGUCAGCAGCCGCGCCGAGCAAGAGCAGUGCAGCGCGCCCUGCAGCGAGCGGCUCGCGUGCAAGCAUAGACUGUCUUGGACCAACGCUUCCCACCGAGCUGCUGCUCCUCGUCGCCUCGCAUCUCGGCACGUCAAGCGACCACCACGCAUGGCGUGCAUCUACCUCGAGCGAUGCUGAAGCCUACAGGACGCUGCUCAGCCUCUCAGCCUCGUCGUGCGCCUUACACAAGCUGCUUGCGCCACAGGUAUGGCCGCGCGUGGUGCUCGAGCACCCGCUGCGCCUCUCGACGCUGCUCUGGGUGCUCUCGUACUACUCGCGCAUGCCGCAAGGUCGCCUGCGAAAUCCUGCAGCGCACAUCCGAUCUCUUGCCCUGCGCUACCCACGACAUCUGCCCGCAGUGAACCAGACGGCGCUGCGGGCUCUGCUCAGCGUCUGUGCGCCCGAGCGCUUCGUGCAGCUCGAGUGGGAGGCCGAGGAGGAGCCAGAAGCGCCCACUUUGCGCCUCCUGCUUCCGCCAGCCGUCCGCUCGCUGGCAGAUGCCGCACAAAAGGCGGCACGCGCUGCAGUCACCAGCGAGCAGAGCGCAGCUGUGCGAACGUGGGAGCGCAGCGAUCGGCCAGGCUCGUAUCCGAUCAAUGGUAGCGCGCAGGUACUGGCUGCGGAUGCCGCCCUCGACGAGCCAACUUCUUGCAUCGAGCGGCUGAGCCUCUCUUGUGGCAUCUUCUGGCCAGGGCAUCCAUACCUCUCCUGGUUCCGCGCUGUGCGUCAUCUGCGCCUCAUCGACUACGACGGGCAUCUGCUCUUGCCCCAUCUCCCGCCGCUGCUGCUCGCACUCCGCGCUCCUCUGCUCUCCCUGAGCAUGUCCUCGUCCAAGACGGCCGUGCUGCACUCCGACACUCUGAUCAACGCCGGCUGCUGGAAGGCACUUGAAAAGCUCGACAUCUACGCCGUGACGCCCGAGCCGCCGCUCGACAAGGCGCUGGCGUCGUGCCGCCACACACUUUCAGACCUGCGUCUCGUGCUCGACGUCAGCGGCGCUUUCACGAACUAUGAUGCGCUGUGGACGUCGCUGACCACGGCAUGGCGCUUUGAUCGCGUCGGUGACGCCCAGGAUUCGGGUGCGCCUGAGGCUGUCUUCCCUGCGCUGCGCAACCUGCAAGUCGAUCCCUUCCCGCAGCAGCACACGGCGCCCUCAUUCACCGACUUUGUGCGCGCGUGUCCGAACCUCGAGACCAUCAACGGGCAGGACGCCGUCACGCUGCGGCUCAAGGGUCUAGAGCUCGUCGACCCGGACCACAUCACAGGAGCGCUCGCCUUUUGA